AUGACACAGGAAAACGGACGCACGCGGUCCAGUUCACUUGCCACGCCGCAUCGGGCUCUCCUUGGGCCUUGGGCCGCCACCAAGGAAAAGAGAAGAGAAACGCGUCUGCCCCUCCAACCCCAGCGCAAAAACCCCAGCGCACCGCCAAUGGAUAUGGAGGACCCGCCGCCGCCGCCGCAGAGGCUUUGCUGCGCGGUGCAGCACUACGAGUGGGGCCGGCGCGGGUCUGCCUCCCUCGUCGCGCGUCUCGCCGACCAGCAGGACCCCGACCCCGACCCCGACCCCGACGCUGAGCUCUGGAUGGAACGCACCCGUUGGGCCCCUCCACGCUCCUCGACGACGACGGCGAGGGCGAGCUCCUGCUCCUCAGCGACUGGCUCACGCGGAAACCCGACGCGCUCGGUCCCGCCGUCGCCGCGCGCUGGGGAGGCGACCUCCCAUUCCUCUUCAAGGACCUUAACAGAUAAAGAACAGCUGGUUUUGUCACUGGAGAGACAAUAUCAAGAGGAUGUUGGUGUUCUAGCAACGCUCUUCUUUAACUACGUCAAACUUAGCCCUGGUGAAGCACUUUAUAUUGGUGCAAAUGAACCGCAUGCGUAUCUCUCUGGGGAAUGCAUUGAAUGCAUGGCCACUUCGGACAAUGUUGUCCGUGCUGGUUUGACUCCUAAAUACAAAGAUAUACAAACUCUCUGCUCAAAUGCUAACAUACAAACAGGCAUUCCUGGAAAUCUUGCAAGGCGUUCCUGUGCAGCCACACGCCCAUCUGUCUUUCUCGUUAUAACCGGGGAAGGUGAGCUCCAGGCAGAUUCUCUGUCUGAUGGGAAGAAAAAGGCAAAGGAAGGCGAUGUUUUCUUCGUCCCUGCAAACACUGAGAUUAAGCUCUCUAACCGUGGCCCUGAGUCCAUGCAGCUGUACAGGGCUGGAGUAAACAGCAUAUUCUUCAGUUAA